AUGGCUGAAGUCCUUUCCGAACAGCCCGACCUCUCCAGCCUGACCGGCUCCCCCGGUCAGAAGCGGAAGCGUGAAUCCGGCAGCCCUGAUCUGUCCAGGAACAAGCGCCCUGCGCCAGCUGCCCACAUGUCUACCGAUGCCGCCUCUUUCAUCGACAGUGCCAUGGAGCACCAGACUGUCAAUGCAAAUGGCGUCAAUGUUGCCGAUUUCAAUGCUCUGCAGCAGGCUGCCCAAGCCGAUCUCGAUCACCACGAUCACCACGAUCACCACGAUCAUCAUGAUCAUCAUGACCAUACCGAAGCCCCGGAUCCCACCAGUGCUACCAGCACUGCGCAGGCUGCGCUUGGCAUGUAUCCUACCAUGAAUAUCCCCCCCUCCACGGAAGAACAAUUCGCAGCUCAGGUCGCGACUGAUCCUGAUCACGGCCAUGAUACAUCAUUUAAUCCCGAUGUGACGCCAACAGUUGACGGCAUCAUGGAGCCUCCCCAAGUGGCUCCUCAGCAUCAACACACGCCACCUAAUGGUGUUCCACAUCAACCCCCACGGUAUAAUCCCGGAGCUCCCAAUCCGAAGCCGACCGUGGGAUCAGAAGAGUGGCACAAGAUGCGGAAAGAUAAUCACAAAGAAGUGGAACGUCGCCGCCGUGAAACAAUCAACGAAGGCAUAAACGAGCUUGCUAAGAUUGUCCCUGGAUGCGAGAAGAACAAGGGAUCCAUCCUCCAGCGAGCCGUCAGCUUCAUCUCUCAGCUAAAGGAGAACGAGCAACAGAACAUUGAGAAGUGGACACUUGAGAAACUGCUUACGGAGCAGGCCAUAACUGAACUGAGUGCUUCCAAUGACAAACUCAAGCAGGAGUGUGAGCGCCUCUAUCGCGAACUCGAGACCUGGAAGCGAGUGGCACAGAAUGCUGGUCUUGAGCCGCCACAGCCCAAAGAGGAGAACAUAGCCACCACUACAUCGAGCUAG